GGGACCACAGUCGUUUCCGCUCGAAUACAGUAUCUGAUUGGCUAUCUCUUUGCUGUCGGCUAAGAGCCCGCCUCAUUCCUCAGUACGAAAACUCCCGGUCGAUUGACAGUUAUCUAACCCAAUUGGAUUAAGAGAAAGGAGGCGGCUAUCUGACUGGCUGACUGCCCGGCCUCUUGUGCGGGAGACAUUCUGACUUAAUUUCCGGGAGCUUCGCCCAUUGAGCGGUACUUUAGGAAGACUAAGAGGACUGAAACUUCUUUGUUGGAAAAAUGUCAUCAGAGUCAGAAAAGGAUAAAGAGAGGCUGGUUCAAGUGGCCAAAAGAUUUUUCUUUCACAUGCGAGAUCUUGCUUCCUCCACAAACAUGUUUACUGAAUUGUUUAAUCGCAAUAUGAAUACUCAGAUCCUCUUGAUGGCUAUGAAAGAUGAUAGUAACAUUAGGGAUUUCUUUGAACAAAUGCUCAAAAUUUUUAAGGAGAUGCAAUCUGAAAUGGAAGCAAAGCACAACGCAAUGCAAAAAGAGCCGUUAUAUUCCAAAGUUGCAGCAGCUACGUGCUUUAUGGCCGAGAAGAUUACCAAUGCAAAGGAACUGCAGCAUUCAGCUAAAGAAGUGCUCAAACAUAUCCACAUGCCAGUCAUUGCCUCUGUGCUGAAUAGUGGUAAUAUCCUUGGGAAUUUGGAAUCCUAUCUUUCACUCUUGAUGAAAUUCCCAAUCAUGAAUCUUCGAUUAAGUGACUUCUACAGAGAAGACACCAAAGAGCGAUCAGAUGCCACUACAUCUGAGAAAACUAUGAGUCCAGGUUCUUCUGAACCCACUGUAACAGACACCUUGAAAAAGUUGCAGGAUGCACUGAAAACUGAGAAUGCCAAGAAUCCCAUAGCAUCUGCAGCAGAUCAGUUGGAACAAGUCGUUAAGACUAUGGAACCAAUCUUAGAGAUCCUCCAAAAAACCAUAAAGGCUAUGGAAACUGAUGUUUCUGUGUUUAAGAAAACCACUGACAAGUAGGGGUGCAACAGAAGUGUGAAAAGCAAUUCAAAUCCUAUGUUUUUUUUUUUCUUUUAAAUAAUACUUCGUAAGAGCCUUUAAUGCUAGACAUAGGGUAUGUUAGAACGUAAGUUCAGAGUGUAGUCAUCUGGCAAACCAUUGAUCUGUAGUUUCGCUUUAUUAAAAUAAAAAGAAAUAAUUAAAGCCUGCUUGAAAUGGCAGUUACUAAGAAGAAUAUGUUAUGGAAAAGGUACUAUUAUUGUACAUUUGAAAAUGUUUAUAAUAUUUAAUCAUAAAGCAUGAUUAAAAUAAUCUUGCUAACUUCCACUUUUAGCAAUCUUAUUUCCAGUUAGUACAAUGUGAAGCCCAGGUAAAUGUAAAGAGUACCGUUAGAAAAUCUGUCAGUGAUGACUGUCCGGCCUGGGAAACAUAGUGAACAGCAUUUUUGUCACUUAGUGCCUUGACAGUGAUGAGCCAUCACUAUUUUUUUAAACUAUUAUUUUAUUUAAAUUUAUUUAUUAUUAUUAUUAUUUUCCAGUUUGAUCAGAGAGAGACAGAGAA